ACCGAUGGGAGCAGGACCUCCACCUGGAUUCGCCGGACCCUCGCAAACACCAGUGACCCCGACGCCGAUGCCCCAGGGUACAGCGAUCUUGGGUGGAGGAGCAGGUACGAGCAAGGAGCAUGAAACUCGUGAAGUGGUAUCAGCGGCAGUCCUCACUCCGUUGCAAGCGGGCCCAGUCGUGACGCAGCAAGUAGGGCCAACAGCGCUGACCAUGAUGCCGCCAACAGGAAGAGCACCCCAACCCCCCGCUCAGCAAGUAGUGGCCAUGACGAGAGAAGUAGUGCAGAGGAUGGUGGCCGAUGCGACAGCACAGGCUGUGCAACAAACCACUCACCAGACAUCUCAGGCUGCUACCGCGUUGAUAACGGUGCAGGGGACACAAGAAGAGGACGUGUCGAGUUACGGCCGAGGAGGAGAGUACAGAGAUAGAGCGAUGGAGAGGAUGGCCGAACAGCUUAGGCAGUUGCAGGAGAAGGUGGAAGGAAGGCUGGAAAGACGUGCUCGAGGACACCCAUUCUCGAGGGAAAUCUUAGCUGCGCCGCUACCUGCGAGUUUCUGGGAGAUAAACCUGAUUUUUUAUGGAUCAAGCGAUCCGUCGAGGCACGUGAGAGCAUUCGAAAACAUGUCCGUCUUACACGGGUACUCAGAUCCGGUCAGCUACAGGGCCUUCCUGUCGACCUUACGGGGAGGUGCGCUUGACUGGUUCCACCAAUUAGCUCCAGGUUCAAUCAAAGACUUUGAGGAUUUCGCAGGACAACUUACUAAUCAAUACUCAAGUGCGGUCGCCCAGGAGAAGACAUACCUUACACUGAUGGCAAUGCGACAAGGCGAGAAAGAAUCCUUACGGAAAUAUGUUGCUCGAUACAAUCAGAUGUGUCUAGAGGUGCCCACGGCGGGUGACGAGGUGAAAGCAGAAGGAUUGAUUAGGAGUCUACGGCCAGGACCAUGUCGAACGUCGCUGGCAAAGAUGCCUGAUCGAACUUACGAUGAGGUGCUCAAAAGAUGCAAGAAGUACAUUAAUUUGGAAGAAACAGAAGCAGAGUUUGCCAAGCUCGAGGACGUU